CGUGUAUGUCUUAGCACACAUUUGCUUCAAUAGGUGUGUUAUGGCAAAGAGGGAAGUAAUUUCCUCUGUAGGCGCCGUUGUUUUUAUUACAUUGUACUGAGGCAGCAGCCAAUUGCUAGCUGCCCCAGAAUACCUCUAGCAGCAACUGACUCGGCAAUGAUAUCAUCGUUCUCAAGUCAAACUGCAGUGCACAUGAUGUCCCGCAUGCCUGGCUAUGAAGGUAUGCCACAAAAUGAAAGUGGCAUGCCUGGCACUUAUUCGAUAUCCGAUCAACAUCCACCAAACCAACAAUCUUCAGCCGGGGCUGUCCAUCUCUCUAGACCCAACACUCAUCUCAUAGUUCAAACUGGGAAUACACGUCAAGCUUACAAUCUAGGCAACACAGGUCGCUCAAGCCUUCCUCACCUAUCCACAACUCAACAUCUUGCUGGUCACAUGACAAGAAAUCUUGUAAAUCAAAUACCUGUAUCUAGUAUUGAAGCAAAGCAUAUACAAGAUGGGCUUGCUUUAACUGAUCAUGUAUCUUCGGCAUCACCACAGAAGAUUAAUGGACCAAAUCAAGCAGGUACAGUGACAUAUGCAACUCCCCAAGGUACUAUACUUCCUCCACCAAUGUGCCGUCUACCUGGACCCAGACCACCACAGCAAAACAAUCACAACACAAUUCGGCGAAACCAAUCACAUCCAGAAAUAUUGGAAGGAAGACAAGUCACUCCACCUGCUCAGACCAGUCGCUCACGACCGUCCUCUUCUCUUGGCGUUACCGGCUCGGCUGAGAAAAGGAGAAAAAAGAGAAUUUCAGACACUUUAUCUAAUCCAACUAUUUCCACAGCUUCUCGUUGGACUCACUUGGAAAGGUGUCGUGGACUGGCGGUUUUGGCUAAACGAGGGGACACUUAUAAACAAGCAAAGUUUGUUAAAGUCAGGUUGGAUGGUCAGGUUGGAGUAUUGUUUGAUGGUGACAAAGAUAAAGCAAUCAAUUAUUUUAUGGAUCCUGAGAAAACUGAUCACGUUAUUGCUGAUUUUCCAUUGGAUAAAGAACACAAUUUACUUACCAGAAGUAAAGUAAUUUGCAAAGUUCAUCCUGAAUCUUCGGUUUAUAAAACAGCGUAUGUGCAAAACUAUAAUGAAGAAACUGGAAUCUUCACUGUACGUAUGGAAGAUGACGUCAAUGAUUUAUUCGUCCCAAGAGAACGAGUCCGUCAGAUGAUUGCACCAUGGCUUUUUCCUAAUCUACCUUCUCCACCUCCAAGACACGAAGGUGAUUCAGAUUGUGAUUCUGAUUUUCGACCAACAAACACAGACGAUGAAGCAACAGAGACUGCUUCGGAAUCCGACAGCGAAAACAACAACAAUAAUUCCUCGAUGAAUGCUGAUAUAUCAGCAGAAAGUAGACGAAGUGCUUUAGUAAGAUCUCGUAGAAAUCCAAGCGGUGAAGUCAGGCUUCAUAUGACCGGAUCUUCCAUGGACCACAGUUUUGAUGGAAAUCCAUAUCUUGAUCGUUCACGUCAUCAAAGUGGAACAAGUGACAUCAGCAUACCUAGUCCUGAGAUGAUCAGAGGAGGUCGAAGUUCAUCAGCUAGAGCGAUGCUCUCCUCCCCAAGAGGAAGUUCUUUGUCGCGACCAAAUUCUGCUCUCAGUGAGCGAAGUAUCAGUCGUUCGUCAUCUCGUUCUGUUACUCCAGUAACUGCUGGUCAACAAAAAUAUAAGAAAAAUGAAAUUGUCACCAUGUCAACUGGUGUAAGGAAGAAAUUCAAUGGUAAACAAUGGAGAAAAUUAUGCUGUCGAGGAGAUUGCAUGAAGGAAUCACAAAAACGGGGACUCUGUUCAAGACAUCAAUCCAUGCAAUCCAGAACUGUUCCAUCGACUCCUAAUGAUGAAAUAUUGGUUGGACAUCAAAGUAGAACUGCUGACCCUCUUCCUGGUAGAGCAGCAUCUGCCGUUUUACCAUCUGAGUCACCUAUAAGACAUCGCUAUGUCCACAGAGGAUCUAGUUCUUCUAUACAGGGAUUGUAUUCUCCUACUAAGGUUCAGGUUAAGCCACAAUACCACUUAUCACCACCUGCCGCAUCUCCUGCUCCUAUAUCUUCAAAAUUUCGUAAACGAUACGUCACAGUGACUGAUGAGCACGAAGCUGCCAGAAGUCUCGUUAAACUAGCUUGCAGCCCUAUUGAUUCGAAAGUACAUGCUGGACCGAGCCCUCGAAAAUCCAAUGAAUUUGUGACGACGCCAAGCCCAUUGACUGUUCGUAAUGGUAGCCAGUCGAAUCUAUUUGCACCCAUACCCCAAUCUCUGACAAGUACACCUUUCAGAGACAGCUUGGCAGUACCUGCGGGAGGCCAGGGUCCCAUUGGCACUGUUCUUCUCACCAACACAACGCCUACCAAGCAAUGGGCACAUGGAAAACGGCAUGAAGCUGUAGAAAUGGUAUCGCCACAACUGCCGAUAAGACAUGGUAGUCAUAUCGCACCUUCGUUUGGACAAAGUUUGUUCAGUUGUAAAUCUCCAAGCAAAUCAAGACAUGGGGUUUUGCUGCAACCUAGUUUGCAACAUGGAAGGUACUCAAUUGCUUUAACCCAUGCAACUAACAAACCUGAUGGCACUCCUAUAAAUGAUGGAGCUGACUCAGGAGUGGAAAGUAUAGGUCACACUCCGACUCCUACAACCCCUGGCAUUAACUCAAGACCUCACAGUCCUAAUGUUUUUGUCAGUCCAUCAUCCAGUGGAAUACAACCUGGUGUAGCUCAAGCUGUUGCUGGCCAUUACAGUCACCAUUAUUCACGGAACGAGGGUUAUGUGAUUUCACCUCCAACGAUAAUAUCUAAUCCUUUGAGAAAUCAAAGGUUUUUUCCUCAUGACCAAGGUCAGGAUGGUGGAACAGAAAGACAAUCUCAUUCCGGGGCAGAUGCAUCUGUGAUAAAGCAACCCGUAGGAAAAUACAUUCGGGCGCCUAAUUCUUCAAGGCUUAACUACAUGCCAGCGAAUAAUCAAGACCACAGAAGUGGUAUAAUAGCACCUACCCCUCAGCAUGCGGCCACAUCUUCCAGUGGCAGGGUCCCACAGCAUCCUCCUUUACCCAUCGGGGCAUCACUACCAUCUUCUGUCAAAUACGGUAGAGAAGGUCGCUCCGCUUUUCGAGGUGCAGAUGGAAGGAAAAGUGAGGACCGAACUCGACAAGAACAAAGACCUGAUGAGGCCGGUGGUAUUUUAGUUCCAAGAACACGAAGCACUUCAUCGUCAACCACCAUAUCUGCUAAAUCAAAUUCAAGAGGCAGCACGCCUGCUCAUGAUCCAGACUCUAAUGCAAGCUAUGUUGACCAAAAUCAAAUCACUGUGCAACAACAACAUCAACAACAACAUGUUCCUGUACUAACCAUUCCUGAACAAAGACACACUCGAAUUGUACACAAUCAACCAACAAAUAUACCAAGUGUCAGCGCUCAUUCUAGUGCCAUGCCACAUUCAAGGUUGCAAGUGCAACAACAAGCAGUGCUUCAGUACCCUGCUACACAUUUGGUUCAGCAAGGUAAUGCUAUGCUUCGAACCGUUACUCCUGGAUUAUAUCCUUACGUUGGUUCUGGCUAUCACCAACAAAUUUUAACUUCAAACACAGCUCCUGUAGCAGUUGUAACAUCCACAGUAACUUCUGUAAGCUGCUCAUCAGCAGUGGUCUCCAUCGGUGCCAAUCCUGUCGUACCUGAAGGGUUAGUGCCACAGAUUCUGUACCCUGGUAUUUCAGCUCUUGGUGGUCUCCCACCUGGAGCGACGUAUAUCGUUGUUCACCCCAAUCAGUUUGCAAGUAUGCAUCAGACAGCAUCUGUUCUACAACAACAAACUAACCAAUCUUCUCUACCAACACUGCCUCCUCGACAGAUGGAAACAAAACCUUCUGUUCAGCAGCAACCAUCUCAGCAUCAACCAACGUCAAUUUCUCGUCAGUCUCACGAUAUUUCAGCAACGGUUUCUAAUCCUCAUCGAUCACUGGAAUCUUCUGCAUAUCCUGUACCUGACUCAUUGAGACAACAACAUACUUUGCAAAGUACAACUUGCCGAACUUCAGAGGAAACAUUGCCACAAACAGAGGUACCUCAUGCUAUCUCCGAGCAGAGGCCUGUUUACCAAUGGCACCAAUUGUUGCCAUAUUUGGGCCAUUUUCCUUCAGCUGAGACGACAUCUCCUCCACCAAUGAACGGAGUAGCAAAUGACGGACAGACACAAAUGCCUCAAGCAGAAACCGAUGGUACAACGAAUGUUCAAAGCGUAGAAAGAAUACAACAGUCGAACCACACGCAUCAUGAUACUUCAAUGAACCGUGUCGUGGCAAAUUCUGCAAGGAACAGGACUGACUCUCAUGAAGCAUAUCAAACUUUUGAAUAUGUAGUACAAAAUCCAAGACAUAGUACAACAGAAUUUACAAAACACGCCAUCGCAACCUCAAGCGCUCGUUCUAAUUCCGGUGAAUGUGAAGCUGCCGUCAGACGCUCUUAUUCAUCGGAUAUUGAUCAUCGUCAAACAAAAGAUAACUCGUUACACCCACAUGAUGAAGACGAUGUGUUUUUACCUACUGUGAAUCCCCAUGCAUCCCAACAAUACUUUUCAAUGUCGUCUCCUUCGAGUAAUUCCACGGAACAAAUCCAAGUUGCAAGACCUUCAAGUGAGAGUGAACAUUUGCCUCACGUUUCUCCACCUAAGAAACGAUCAUUGUCAACAGGAGUGGCAAAUAAAGAUGAUAAAACAUCAAAAAAGCACAAAGGCACUACUGACAAACAGAUACCCACUUCGUGUGCCAGUUUACUUGGCGAGGAUCACAUCAGGAGACCAAUGAAUGCUUUCAUGAUAUUCAGCAAACGUCAUCGUGCACUUGUUCAUCAAUAUCAUCCCAAUCAAGACAACAGAACUGUUAGUAAAAUACUUGGUGAAUGGUGGUACGCUCUACAACCAUCAGAAAAGAGAGAAUAUCAUGAUUUAGCUUUUCAGGUAAAAGAAGCACAUUUCAAAGCACACCCUGAUUUCAAAUGGUGUAACAAAGAUCGCAGAAAAUCAGGAAGCACAUCACGAUCUCGUCGGACAUCAGAAUCAUCAGUGGGCUCUGCAGAUUCGAGUUUGUCUCGACCACAUAAUCCUUCCACAUCGUCUCACCACCCUGGCGUUUCUGGUUCUGGUGUUACGUCAGGUAGUGCCACCCCUUUUUCUCCUAUGUCACCAAAUGCUUCUGGGCACUUUCAAAAUCAAAUGUUGUCACCUGGCACAGGAAUUAUGCCGUCUGUUCCCCAUGUUGCACCACUAGCGGGGGUAGCAGGUCAGCGUCAAAGUAUAGUCCUGUCAGAAGUCACUACCUCAUCUGUUGUUGCGAGUUUGCAGAAUCCCAAUCAAAGCAGUCAGCAACCAACCACGACGACUCUUCCUCAUCAAUUCUUAAAACCGGCAGCGGAAUCGAUAAGCAGCAGAUCCAGAACUCCAUCUUUGGAAAUCGACCUCAAAUGUAGAGAAAAGGUUGUUACUGAUUCUGACAUUGAUAUUUCUGAUGAUGAACCGGAUGGUAGAAGAAAGCAUCAACAACAUUAUCCUAUUUUGCACAAUACUUCAUCUGUAUCUCGAGCUCAAACUUCCUCAUCCACCGAUACAAAGUGUAAGAGGCCCAAACCCAUCAAACCAAUGGCAGGUUCCAGUGGUUCUGCCAGUCCACUUAUUGGAUCAGGUCCUACUGCAGGAAAAAGCUCAAGUCCUUUUCAACCCACCGGUAAAGUUUUCAAGACGCUAUCACCUAGGCCUGGACAUGCUCCUCUUCCGAAUACCACUGGCAAUAUGAAAAGUGUUGCAUCUGCCCAGAUGUCCAAUGUACAGGCUUUGAGCAGUUCAGAACUUCCUGGAGUCGGUCAGUCUAUCAGUCUCUCUCAAGGACAUGUCCAAUUUGCCGUAGCACAACAGAGUCGAUCAUACCAGCCUACCAUGAUUAUAGGACCGGGCGGUGUACAAUAUUUGGCUUACUCUGCUCCGCAAGCACAAAACUCUACAUCCUCAAGUUCCAAUGUCCCUGGCGCUGGCGGAAAUAUAGUCAUUGUACCGUUACAAAACGGCCAGAUUUCUAGUUUAAACCAUCCGGUUCCUCCACAGAAAUUGCCGACUACAUUUCCAAAUCAAAUUCAAGUGACAACCAGAAAUACAAGUAUCGUAAGCUUUUCCGAAAAUGCCAGAAUUUCAAGCUUCAUGUCCCAUAUAACCACAACAGCUGCAGCAGUCAGUAUUACUAUGGCUUCAUCUACAAUCAACACUGCUAUUUCACAGGUAUCAAUAAAGACUACGACUGUCCCGCCAAGUUACGUGACAGUAAUGUCCUCCGUUGCAAACGCCACAUCUGCACUGAAUGCCUAUGCCACAUUGCCAGGGACCAGGCCGACACUGCCACCACACGCGACUCAUAAUUAUGAUACAAGAACACCUAUGUCAUUUCCAAUUGGAGUCCCUCCAUCCGUGCCACAAAUGUUUCCUCCUGUUAUGACAACUGAAAUUCAAAGGGCUCGACUUUCACAUCCAAUUGCUUCAGCAUCGGCACAGUUUGGGAAUCACCCAGUUAUACCAAGUUCUCAUUCAGCUAAUAUUGAAAGAAGAAAAAGUCUUGGGUUUCCUUCAUCUGGUGAGGAUAAGGUAUCUUUGCCUUCUACUGGUACCAGAGCACCAGUUAUCGGAUACAGUCCUGCUAUGGCGAGUCAACCUAUACAUCGACGCGGACAUUCUAUACCUACAACAAUGCCAUUAUUAACAUCGGCAACACACUCUAUUUACCCCGUUGCCAUACCACCAACUGUGUCACAUUAUCGUAGCACUUCUGUCCCCAGCCAACACGAAGGACAAGUACAGAGACCAGAGCCUGCUCCAAUGAUCAAACCUACUUCUGCCAUGUAUUUUGUAACUGUGCCCUCUCGCCUUGCACCGAGACUUACAGACGGCCCGUCACCAACUUUGACGGCGCAAAGUCGUAUUAUGCCAGGACACGAUAAUUUUGCUAUGUCAGUUCCUCAUAAUGCUGCAGGACCAACAAUUCAAGAUUCAAAUGUCUCGCAUGGAAGUAAUGUCAUGACGAUUCCUCACAACUUAGCUAUUAAUGGUAGCUUGGCUGGAGCGUUGCCGUUUCAUCCUGCCCAUCCACAGUCAUUUGUCAUUGCAACUAAUGUCUCAACUACACAACCAAGUGCUACUUUGCUGGACAGACAUAGGAUCAAUGUGGCUGCACCAUUGAAAGUUCGUGCCUCUGUAGCCAAUGUACCUAUUGUAACGUCCGAGUCAUAUGCUGGAGGAACAAGUCAUUUUGUUGUCAGAGAUGCCUUCUCUUCGGUGAACACCACAAAUUCAUUGCAAAAUGUCAUGUCAUCGAUUGAAAAACCAACAGCUGAUUCAACAGAGAUGAAAAAUGUGGUAGAACCGAAUCGAUCUGUGCCUUAUUCUGCGGUGAGAACUAGCAGACUCAGUCAGGAUUCUAAUGCUUCUUCAUCGAGUACAACAUCAUCAGUGUUAAAAUUAGAUCCUGUACCAUCUAAAUUUUUAUCGAGAAGAAAGAAAAGUCUGCUUUAUUCUUCAUCCGAAGGAGAAUACCAAGAAGAAAAUGAAAGAUUGGAAAAAGAGUUUGAAAUAUCUGAAGAAGAUGCUCAGGCAAAUACAACUGACGUCAUUGAGGCACCAUUUUACAACAAAAUAUCUUCUGUCAAAAUAUUACAAAAGAAGGCCGACAUGAAAGAUCAGGAUAGAGAUAGAGACAGGAUACUAUGUCAAGUCAAUUUUAAAGAACAAUUCAGUCAACUUCCGCAAUUUAAACCUGAGUUAGUACCAACACCUGGAACACCGAAAGAACUUCCAACAACUCCUGAUGUUUUGUUGCAAAGUUAUAGAAAGAAGAGAAAGCUUUCUACAGAAUCUCCAAACACUCCAACUUCUCCUCAUUUAAAACGAAGACCAAGAAAAAAAAUCCACAAUAUUGGUUGUGAAACACCUCACUCAGCUAAUUCACUACCAAGUUCUGCAACAAAUACUCCUGCGUCAACUUCUGGAGGCGAUAUAUUUACAUUCGAACAUGGAGAGUCAAUCCUAAGAAAAGAUGAUUCUGAUACAUCUGAACCUCCUGAUUCAAGAGGAAGUUCAUUGAGGAAGAUUCUUGAUCUCAGAAGAUCUCUUGUGAUGAAAUUAUUCGAAGAGCAUGGAUUUUUUCCUAAAAAUCAAAUUACGGCAGAAUUUCAAGCCAAUCACUCUGAUGUGUUUCCAACCAAAAAUUGUCUUCAGCUGAAGAUAAGAGAGGUUCGUCAGAAAAUAUAUCAAUGUCAACAAGAUGAAGAACCAGCUACAAAGCAAACUUCUUCUACGACUUCGAAUCUAGUACAAUCCAAAAUAUCUUAAAAACCUUCCAGAUUAUUGUCCGAGGGACAACAAAUAGACUUGGCUAAAGGGUGAGCAAUAAAGCCAAAUGCUCAAAUAUUACAAAGAAAAACCAAAAUAACUCAAUAAAAUCAUUUUGGGUUAUUUAUCAUGAGGUUACAUAUUGGUUAUUGCCGACCGAGUAUGACCCGAUUAUGGCAAAAACUUUAUGGGUUAUAACUGCCAGAUUCAGAACUGAUUAAACCAUUGACUGAUUAUGAAUCCGAAGCACAAAAUUUCUCGAAUGAAUGAAGCAUUUCGUCGAAAAGGAAAUUUGCUUGUCAUUUAUAAAUUUCAUGUUGGAGAUUUAAUAAUGUGAAUGACUGACUAUUCAUUUUUGUACAUACUUCUGAAUUGAAUAUUCUUAUUUUUCCUGUACUGUAGUCGACGUGUUUUUAUUUUGAAGGUGGCCAAAUUGUUGGAAAAGGUGGAAUGCAUAUUCGUUUGUCUCUGUUUUUAACAAAUCAGUGCCUAUUGAAAAGCGUACAUUUUUGAACUUGAAGAAUAAAGCCAGUUUGAGGUCUCUGUAUGCAUUUGAAGGUUUUUUACUUUUUGUUUUCGUGUCGGUUUAAUAUGUUUUCUUGCAUUUCAUCGUGAAUUUUGAGUUGUUGUAACGAUAGUUGUUCUUGUAUUCAGCAUUUCACUAUCUUCUUCUUUCUUGUGCGAUUUAGCAUAUUACAAAUGCUUUUACAUUGUUAACAACAACACAAAUUGCUAAGUUCCAUUUUAUUUUUAUGCUAUUAUCAUUUUAACGAAGCGCGAGGUAGUGUAUGUAUACACGGUGUCCUAUUUGUUCUAAUUUAGCUUCAUUUUUUGUUACCACUACCAUUAGCGUUCCGCUAUUUUUCUUUGUUUGCUUGACUCCGUUUUUUUUUCUUGUAUUGUACAUAUUUGUACUUUUAUUAUUAUUCUAUUAUGUUUGUAAAUAAUAUUGCCAUGUUUUUAUGUGCCUGUGACCAAACAAGGGACAGUAUUAUUAUAAAAUUAUGGCACAGUUGCUCAAGCGACGUGACAUACGCUUUUAAAAAUAUAAUGCACAUUUUUGUGACAAUUCGUUCGCUUAUUUUGUCACCCAAUUUACUACGCUUGUCACAUUUUCUUGUUAUGUUUUCGUCGAAAUGCUUGGCAGUUGGGUGUCUAUAAAAUAACUAUUGCAGAAUGAAAUUAGCUUGUUUAAUCAAAACUAUAUAUUUCAAUUGAUAAUGACUUAAAGAUUAAUUAUUCUACUUGAUUGAACGCAACUAUAUUUUCCUAUAAAUAAUAUAAAAUUAAAUCUACUAUUUCGGAAAUGUUGUCGAUGGUUUUGAACUAGUUACCAUACCAAUUAUCUUCUUCAUAGACAUGAAUUGGUAGAUAAUAUUUGGUCGAGUCUUUUUGUUCAAUUUGUAUUACUAAUUGCAAUUUAUAGAAAUAUUCGAAAAUUUCAUUUAAUAACAAAUUUCAGCUAUCAUGCGUGUGUUGAGUUGUCUUUCAAAAGUGAGUUUAGUGGCAAUAUGAUAAUUCUUGUCAUAGAUUUUUAAACUGCCUUCAUGAAACUUUAUGUAAAAACGAUUUUAUUUUACCCAUUCAAAUUGUUGAAAUCGAGCAUGGACAGGGGUACUUUGCAGUGGUUUCCAGUUCCUAACCUUACUCGGCCUAAUAUAAAUGUUUUCGAUUUAACAGGGUGUGUAUUUUUGUACAUAGCAUUCUCUCUUCCAUUGUUUUUUCUUUGUAUCUUCAUCUUUAAUUAGAAAUUUUUCACUCAAGCACUGCCAAGCAUGGACUGAGUCAAAAUACUAUUCUUGACAAUGCUCGGUCAAGUGUGAAUUUCUAUUAAAUAUUCGUUUUUUGUUCAUUUGAUGAAAUUUUUAGCGGUUUAUUAUUAAAAAAAUAUUAGAUGAUUUUGUAAUUAUCCUGAUCUUAUGAUUUUAAUACACAAAUGCUCUUCAAGUUCCGUCAAAUAUAAAACUUGUAAUCGGUAAUAUUAUCUGAUCUUAUCUCAAGUUUUAUAUUCAUACUAUAUUGAAAAAAUUUUAGAUUAUUGAAAAAUUUUUAGAUAAAUGUUGCACUGUCUUUUAUGUAGAGAAUUAUUUUGGCGAUUUAGUAGCUCACAUGAGUUAUUAUAUUAUAAAUGGACAGUUAUAUGAAUUAUAUGGCCACAGUAGAACCAAAAUAUCUCAUGUCACAUUUUUAGUUUUUAGAAAAAUAGCAUUUUAUCAAUAGUUUGGUUCUAACAGCUAUACUGAAAAAUUGGCAUAAAGGGGUACUACCGUAGUAUAUGUACUAGGGCAAAUUAGGGUCAGGCCAUAAUUUUAUCAUGAUUUUUCUUAAGCUUUCCAGUUGAACCGAGAGUUCGCGGACUGUCCUUUAUACAACUUGAUGUGAAGUAGGCGAACAAAAUUAGUUACCUCCAUAUAGGUACAUACACCUCUGGGGCGCCCAUAAAAGACUACUUAGAAUCAAAACUAAAACGAAUACAGCUUCGAAAACCCAGACUCAGGAGAUGGUCCCGGGUCCAUAAUGACAGAUAGAUAUAAAAGUCCAUUUCAGAAUAAUGUGAUAUGAGCUACUUUCGUUUUACUGCGGCUAUAUUCUU